GUGACGACCAUCGACCCGAGCAAGGCUCCCUUCGCCAAGGCCGAGUGCCACUUCGACCCCCUGGCGUUCUUGGCCCCGUUUGCCGCCGCCACGUUCUUGGAGCCGCGGCUGCCGGCGCGGGAUGGGCCGGGCGUCGGCCCUCUGGCGCGCGCGGUCGGGCCCCCGACCCGGCCCGCUCCGGCGAGGCCGGCCCGCCAGGCGGGCAAGCCUGGCGACCUCCUCCAGUACCUGAAGCAGUGGGAUGACGUGGGGCGACUGGAGCUGGUCGACGCGGCCGACUCCCCGCAGGCCCUGCGAGGCACCCUGUUUCCCGUGUUCAAGGACGCCAACACGCAGAGGGUCGUCUUCAAUCGCAUCGCUCGCAACUCGGCUGAGUUGCCGCUGGGCGGCUUCUCCAGACUGACCCCGAGCGCCGCCAUGCUGGUGGACCUGGAGGUGCCUGCUGGCUUUGUCCUGCGCGUCUGGGCGGACGACCUCCAGGACUUCUACCCCGCCUUUGACUGCACUCACGACAUGGCUUGCACCAACGACGUGGCGCCCCCCCUCCCGACGAGGCCCUACGAGGGCUUCGCAGCGCUGGGCCGGCUUCGGGGGCGCUGCCGUCGUGAGGGCCGCGAGCUCCCCGAGAAGGUGGUUCCCUGCCAUAGCGGCCUGAUCAUGGGGGGCCUGAACGCGCCCGACUGGGCGUGCGAGUCCCACAUGCGGCUGCUCGCCCACGCUGGCAGCUUCCCCCCAGAGCGGCGGGUGCUGAACCGCCACCUCGCCCCCGAGGGGUCUGCCUGGGAGGGCGUCGUGCUGGACGACCACUUCGGCCUGGCUGUCGACGCUCCGGGCUCGCGGGAAGCUCGGCGAGCUAUCGAGGAGCCCUUCGCCCGCGCGCGCGAGGGCUAUGCUAAGGCUGGUCUCAGGGUCAGCGCUGGCAAGGAGGUGGCGGACGCGGCGGAGGCGACGGUCAUCGGGGCAGAGCUCCUGGGCCACGACCGGCUCGUCGGCGCCUCCCACACCCGCAGUCUGGCGCUGGCCUGGAUGGGCCUGUCCAUGGCCCGGGGCCGACGCUCCACUACGCUGGGGCUGCAGAAGUUCCUUGGCAUGGGGCUUUUUGCCGCGCUGUUCCGGCGGCCGACCCUGUCGCCCCCCCACCACUGCUACAAGGAGGUCGACGUCGGCCGCGACCCGCACGAGGUGUUCGACCUGAGCAGCGCGGCCUGCAACGAGUGCGCCCUGUUCGCGGUUCUCCUCCCGCUGAUGGCCACCGACCUCUCCGCGGGUUGGGGGCCGCACGUUCUGGCCUCGGACGCCUCGCACUUGGCCGGAGCGUCCGUCAAGACGCCGGCCUCAGCGCCCACCGCCAGAGCUUUCUGGCGCCAGCGCGAGCAGCGAGGCACUCGUACGUGGCUGUGCCCCUCAGGCUGGGCUGCCCUGGCCAACCCCGAGGACGGCGCCGUCCUGCAGGACCUGGAGGAGGAUGCCGCACCUCCCCCUGGCGUCGUCGACCCGACGGCCUCGCUCAUCGAGUACUUCGACGUGCUGGAGCUCUGCUGCGGGGAGGAGGCCCGCCUCAUGGGCUACCUCUCGGGCCGGGGCCUGCGCACGGGCCCGAGGAUAGACAUCAAGUGCCACAAGUACUGGGACCUGGUCGACUCGCGCCGGGUGGGCAUGCUGGCGCUGUUCGCCCACCUGGUCUCGGGCCACGGUACCGGCUUGCACGAGCAUCCCCUGACGGCCUACUCCUGGUGCACGCACAUCGUCGAGUUCCUGCUGACGCACGAGGUCGUGGACCGCUUCGACCUCUCGAUGUGCCAGUUCGGCGCGCCCUGGAAGAAGGGCGGCCUUACUCCCAAAGCCGCGCUCUACCCGCACGGCUUCUGCGACGAGCUGUCCAAGCUGAUCGCCGACAACCUGGGCGGGCCGACUCCGCCGCCACCGGCGGAGAGUUCGGCGCCCGCUGGAGCGUUCGAGGCCCUCUGGCUGAACGACUACGUCGGCUCCGCUCCCUGGCAGCUCCACUGCCACCGCCCUUUCCGCAAGCCCCUCCACAUCAACUUGCUGGAGAUCGACGCGGCCUGCGACGCGGUGGACGAGCAGGGCCUACGGUUCCCCGAUUGCAAGCACAACCUCCUCCUGGACCCCCGCGUCUCGAUCGGGGCCAUCAGCAAGGGAGGGCCGUUGCAGCUGGCCACGGGCUCGUACGUCGGAUGCCACUUCGCGCCGACGCGCCUGCAGCCAGCCGACGCCCCGUCGCGCACGCUCUGCGACCCGGCGAGCGCUCUGGCCCGCGGGGCCGAGGCUCCGCCUCCCGCUCCGUGCUGGCUGGCCGGCCUCGAGGCCGGGGACGCCUCAGCCUUCCGCGCUUGGGCUGCGCUCCCGCUGCAGCGCCGGCAGCAGUCACGGUGGGCUUGGCUGGUGGCGUGCCUCUGGUGGCGCGGGCUCCUGCAGCUCGCCCCUCGACCGCGGGUGCGCGACCCCGCGCUGGGCUUCCCGGGCGAGGGCCCGCGCGGCGGAG